AUGGAUUGCCUGUCAAACUGGUGUCAGACAACGGAAGAUCUUUUACUAGUCAAGAGUUCAAAACCUUUUUGCAUAACAACAAUUGCAGAGAGAAGUGUUCAGAAGGUCAAGAAAAACCUUUUGCGUCAAGUGAUCGAGGAACAUCAGCGUUCUCAGCGUACCACUCUUCAAAUGAAAUUAGAUAAUUUCUUGUUUGCGUACCGCAACACUCCAAAUACAGUUACUGGCUUAACCCCUGCAGAAAUGUUCCUGUCUUGGAAGCCUCGUACACAGUUGGUUAUGUUAAAACCCAAUCUCCAGUCAUCCAUUGAUCAAAAACACAGGGAACAAAAAAACGCAGCUGAUAGGCUUAGGGGAAGAAGCAGAUUUUUCUCAGAAGGUCAGGCAGUCUAUGUCAAAACUGUCCGAAAUGAAAAGAUAUCUUGGGUUCCUGGCAAAAUAAUUCUAAAGAGAAGUCCGGUCACCUAUCUGGUGAGUGUUAUUGGUGGGAAACCCCGAUUUUGUCAUGCGGAUCACUUGAGAGCUCGGUAUGCAGAAGAGGAGGAGAUUUUUGUAUCACCCAAGGAUCCCGUUGUAUCACCCCAAGUACCCAAGAAUUCACCCCCGCCGGAGGAUCGACCAACUAGUCCCCUGAUGAUGUCACCUGUACCUAGGCCUACUACCAGUCCCAGGGAGAGCCUAGGGCAAGCCCAGCCUCAGCCAACUCCUGCGUCGCCGCUAGCACAGUGCAGCCCACCACCCUCGCUGAGGAAGUCUGGACGGACUGUGCGAAAGCCUCACAGGCUGGACUUGUAA